AUGGAUGAAAGAUCACCUCUAAAUAUUUCCCAAGAACAGAAUUCUAGCUUAUCACAGCAAACUGUUAGAGAGAACCUCUAUAUACAAAUCCAGAAAGCUCUGUACUGCUCAUAUAUUUUAUUACUCAUCAGACUCAUAAUAGCCUCUGCCAAAAUUUCCUUUUCUAGUUUUGUGAUUUCAUCUUUUGAAACUUCUUGUGACGAGCCACUAUUUGAAUGAGUUUAUUUCAGCAUGAUCCUUGACAUUAUCUAUCUAAUUCUUUCAAUGUGUAGAAUUCCGUAUAUAAAAAGAGCAAGGGAUGGAGAAGAAAUUAUAGAAAAUCAUUACUUGCAGGUGUCCUUUAAAUCUCAUGCACUUAUUUAUACUUUUUGAUUGAUUCCAGGAAAUGCAUGGUUCUGAUCUUGUAAUAACUGCCAAAAUGAGGCACCUGAACUAACUGAGCUAACUUUUAUACUGAUUGUGCUAGGUUAUAUCGGAGUUUUCGCUAUAUGGUCCGAUAAGGGCCGUGGGUUCUCCGUGGAAUCCCUCUGUUGGUCAAGCCAACUCAGUGCGUUGGUUUGACCAAUUCACUGAUGGUUCAACCAGCAGAAGAAUUCCACAGAAAACCCACAGCCCUUAUCGGACCAUAUAGGGAAAACUUCUAUAUGUAUUUAAUGAUACCCACUCUUAUCAUUAUUAGUGUUUGUGCGUGCUUACCGAUAGCAAUUUUAUUAUUAAUUUUUUUGUCUCCGAGUGAAGAUUUCCAAACCUCAAGACGAAUAAUAAAAGAACUUGAUUGGGUUGAGUAUGACUAUGAAGUGCAUCAUGGAGAUGUGGUUUGUCCGAUUUGUGCUUUUGAAUAUAUGAAUAAGGAGAAAAUUGUGGUGUUGGAAUGCGAUUCUAGACAUUUUUUCCACUCAGAAUGCAUUAGAAAAUGGCUAACGAUAAAUCUGAGCUGUCCAAUAUGCCGGGCGCCAGUUUUAUUAGAUUAG